AAAUGGUAAAUGGCAGGCUGCGAAUAUUUCGAUGCCUUGUCCUAUGAAGCAGAACUCGGCUUUCAAAGGUGGGAAGAAGAGCUUGAACAAGUUAUUGGUAUUAUACGACACUGCAUAGACACUGCAGAUACUUUCCAUACCAUAAAGUUUGUGAAAUCUUCAAAACUAUUGGCUAUCUUUUCGUUGUUUACAGAGUUGGAAGAUAAAUUAUGGUUUACUCAAACCUUGCAGUUAGAAAAACAGUGGAGGCUUUUGAGAGAAAAGACCGAUAAUUUGAAGGAACAAGCGGAGAAGCUGCAAGCGACGGUUAGAAAGAAUUUUGAAGCCUUUCAACAGGACAAAACUCAAGACAAAUAUAGCGUGUUGCUCACGGGAACGUGCAAUCAAGUUACUCCCUUAGAAUAUUUGACUUAUUUAGACUAUAUAUCUCGCUUGGUUCGUUUGCAGACUAGUGAAAUGGAACAAAUUUGUCAAAACUCUCAGUUUUUAGCAGAUGUAGACACUUUCGUGAGCAAAGAUCGUCGUGACCUUGAGAAAUUCGCAGAACAGAGCUUUUUUCAGCGUUCUGAAGUGAAGGAUUGGUUUUUGAAACUGGGCAGAUUGAGAGAAACUUGAGAAACUUUAAAAUCUUUUGAAACUUGGGAAACUUGUAUCUGCUGAAUAGAGAAGACGUAUUUUCGAGUUUUUGAAUUCCCAUUUUUGCCCUAGUACCUCUUGUAGUUGGCUUUCGAGACCUUAAAAGGUGGAAACUACCACGUGAAUUCUUGGGAGAACUAUUCCACAGAAACUUUAUGAAACUUCGGACUGUUUUAUUGCAGAGUUUCUGAACGUCACCUUUCUCAUAUCUUUGAGGAACAAAAGUGGAAACAGCUUUGGGAUAAAGUGUAUCAGGAAAUAUGUCGAAUAUAAAAUAACGAUACCAAAUUUUAAAGCACAACUAUGGAUAAAUACUGACUAGUAACUCUAUCGAAUUUUGCAAGUCUCACUGGAACUCCACCCAACCAUUUGCUAAUACUUUUGAUCAACCAUGAAAUUGACAAGCAGUUGGAAAGUUUUCGACACUGCCAUUUGUCCGAUAUCAGCACGACAUUGGCAAACUGAUUUUCUCUAGAGAUUGUUUUAUCUGUUCUGAUCUUAAUUUGCGGGUGUGUCUUGUUGCGGUGUUGAUUCAUACCAGUGUCCGUGAAGUAGCCUUGAAUAGAUAUUUUUGAUGUUUUUCGGAGUUAUACUUCAAUACAACCUAAUACAUUAGCAAAGUUGUUAAC